UGAAUUCCAGAUCUUGAAAACUCACAUUUUGAAAGAUAUGGACCAUGUUCUCUUUAUUGUAACAACAAAAAAAUUCUAAUGAGUUCCUGUGGUAAAGUGAAAAAUAAUUGUUCAAAUUCUUAUAGAUAUAAGGCAAACAUUUGAUUCUGAUAUUUAGUCAUUUUAAGCCUAAUUUAUUAGGUGAAACUGUACAAAUAUAAGCCUAACCUUCUUCAAGUUGGCUAUUUAUAUAAUCUUUGAUAUAAGCACCAGGAAAAAAAUUAAAUAGCCCCUGAAAUGGAAAAUUUGACUUGGAAAUUCCUCAAAAUCCAAUAUGUCUGCCAUAUGUAUCAAACUUUGCAACAGCAGUAGUAAUAAUAUGUUUGUUUAUACUUUGAAUAUUUUUACUACAAAUAUGCUACUACAGAAAUUACUUUUUACCUUUACUUGAGCAAAAAUAUAUUCAAUAAGUGGCUAGGGACUUCAGAAUAAGUGACUCUGAGGCUACUUGAGUACAACUUUUGGGCACCAGUGAUGUGGAAACGAAUUUCUUGUAAUUCCACUUUGUCCUGACAGGGGGCGGUGUAGACCACCAUACCUCUACAGUAACAUGGCGGUCUGAUGUAGUGAUAUUGUAGGUCUGGUUGAUCAGAUUAAGCGGGACCGACGCUGGAGUGUACAGUAAAUCGAAGCUGAACAAUGUCCCAUAGAUGACGGAGCUUAUUGCAGGACAACCCUCACAUAAAUAACUUGGAGCCAAUGGAUCCCGAUGACUCUGGACAAGGGCUGGAUACGCCAUCAGAGCAGGAUAUUUGUUUGUCUUAUAGCUUAAGAGGACGACAACGAAAGGGAAAUUCUAAAUAUGUUGAUUUUGAAACCGAUGACAAGGAUAUUGUUAAAAGGGUCAAACAGAAAUCCUCUCGAAAGUCAGUGGGGAAAGGAGCAACCUCUCGAAAGACUCCCACAAAACAGAGAAAAACUAAAACACCUGAACAACAGACCACAAAUGGAGAAAAAGAAUCACCACAAACAAUUCCUGCAGACUCUGUUGAUACAGUAAUAACUCCUAGAAAACCAAAAAGACCCAAGAAAACACAACCUGCAGAAACUGCCUCUGCUGCUGGGGACCUGCCGACUGGAAAAACUGGAGGCAGUGUUGUAGAAAAUUCUGUUCAGCAGGAAAAUGGGUCACUGAAGCCGAAAAGAAAGUAUGUCAGAAAGAAGCCUAAAUGGGAAGUUAGAGACCCACCGGAUGAAAAGGAACCAGAUCCUCCUGCUGAACCUGAAGAGGAGGUCCAGUCAGGGGGCCGUCGCCAGAGAGGAGCUGCUAAAGCGGCAUUGAAGUACCUCCAGCUUUUAGCCAAAGAGGUUUUCUCUCAUCCCAGAGAUGAACUCGGCUCCGACCUGCACGAAGACGAAGAAUCCGAACAGAAAUCUUCCAAACAGACAAAAGGUCGAAAGAGAAAACUUAAUGACGUUGAGAAAGACUUUGUGCCAGAUAUAGAAGAUGAAGAAGCCGACGAGGAAGAGGAAUAUCAAGAAGUGUCAGAUGCUGAAUCAGAUUUUGGGGGACGAGAGAAAUUUCUUCCAGUUUUUCACCAAAGGAGCCAAAAUGGCAAACCUCACAACGGAAUCGACUUUAGUAUCAUGAGAACAAUUCUGGAUUCUGCUGAGAUGACAAAGAAAUUCCGGGAAGAGAACCACAGCAGCUGGGUGUUUCCAGAAUGGGUUCCUUCCUCUAACAACUGGGAGCCUGUACCAGAAAAUGAAUUGGAAAAAUACCUUCCUCAAGAACUGGAGUCGGCUGCCUUCAAAGUGUCCAGAGACAAUCUAAACCAGGAAGAAUCUCCUCUGCUAAGACUCAGCAGGUUUGAGGCGAUGGCAGCUCACCCGUGCCGCUGGGACAUGUUUCUGUUUGCUGGUGGACCCGUCUGGGCGCUGGAGUGGUGUCCCACCCCGGACGGCGCUCCGGCCUCCCAGUACAUCGCUCUGGCUUGCCAUCGAGGGAUGGACGACCUGCACUAUGUGAACCAGACCUACUCAGAACCCGGACUGGUCCAGCUGUGGGACUGUGGCAAACUGGAGUACAACAAGAGACCAGACUCUCAGCCCUCCCUGGUUUACGGUUUGGCUCAGGACAAAGGCUUCAUCUGGCAGUUAAAGUGGUGUCCAGCAGGAGGCUGGGAGCUUCCUGACUCUGUCAGAAAGGCUCCUUUCUUGCCCAGGCUGGGUCUGCUGGCUGUAGCCACGUCCAGCGGUGUGGUCACCAUCUACAGCCUGCCUCAUCCUGAUGCUCUGCUCUCAAACUCAAAACUCACACACUCUGAAAGAAACAAUGAAAAACCACCAAUUUACAAGGUACGAGGUGUGAUAACGUUAAAACUUGGCUGCAUCAAAUCUCUUCGUGAAGAAAGGAGCGGACAGGUUCUGUCUAUGGAUUGGCUUCCUCAAAAACCACAUAACAUAAUGGCUGUUGGAUUCUACGACGGUGUUGUUGGACUCUGGGAUCUUUGUACAAAAUCUUCCCUGUUGCGAGUCAGAGAGUCAGACAGAUCUUUGACUCUGCUGCCUUAUCGAUCGAUACUCGCUCACGACAACGCCGUCAGAGCUCUGGUCUUCUGUCCUGCAUCCAGAUACUUGUUGACAUCAGCGGGUGAGGACCGCUGCUUGAAGACGUGGGAUCUGAGGAGGCUCAGUAACAUGGUCAAGGUCCAAAAACGCCACCUGACCACUGAGCUCUGCUGGCCGCUGGACUCACCUGGGGUUCUGGUUGGCCAGGAAUCUGCCUUUGUACCGAGAAGUUCAGUUGGAGUUCAUUACGUUGAUCACUACCUGCGCUCCUACUUUGCGAUUCCUCGGAGUACAUCUGUAUGGUCCUUGUCUUACUCUGAUUGGCUGCACACCGUGAUGUCAUCAGAUACACUCGGCGAUCUGAUUCUCUCCAUCUUACCGCUGCCCAACUGCUCUGUCAAGAGAACAUCCUUGAGACGUUUUCCUGCCUACAUCACAUCUAAGGAGCCUUAUGAAGCACAAGAAGGACAAAAUAAAGUUGAGGAAGAGGAAGGACAAGAAGCAGGAGAGACAGAAAAACCAAUAAACGAUGAAGACGAGGGAGGAAGAGUUGGAGGAGAUUCUGGUCUUCACCGGCAGUUUCAGACGUACAAACAGGCUGUUAAGAAAUACUACCUGCACUUUAAAGACUUGGAUAUGCAACGCCUUACAGGACUCAAUAAGCACGCUUUGUGGAAACACAUGCGGAGCACAGAAGUAACAGCAGUUAUGAACCUGGAUGACAUGCCGCUGGCUGCACUCUACAAGGCCCGGUUCAACCCGAACAUGAGCAGCCAUGUGUGGGUUGGUUCUGCAGGUCAGACGGGCCUGGUGAGGCUCCACUGUGCGAGGACUUUCAUCACCCCACAAGUCAAGACUAUGAUCAGUAAUCAUCAGGCCCAGUUCAGCGUUCUGUACUCGGUCCAGAACCGCAGCGGCGGCGUCCAGACGGCAGCGGAGCAGCGAGAGCAACACAGUUUACCUCACUGCACUGCCACAGGGUGAAACAUUACAUCAGCCAAUCCUGGAUCCACAACAAAACCUCAAAUAAAUCUGGUCUGGUUUUAAAUGCAUGUGUGAAUGUUAUGAAUCAGUUUGCAAAAAAUGUCCCAAGCUACAUAAAUACAUGACUACAAAUUACAGGUAAAAACAACAGAGGAGGAUUAGAGACAGAAGAAAGAAUAAAACACCUGAUUUUUGUCUCAGAAUUUAGUUUUUUUUCUUCUCUCAGAAUUCUAUAAUUUUGACUUUAAUCUCAGAAUUCUAUCAUUUUCUCACAAUUAUGUCUGUUCCUCAGAAGUUUUACCUUUUUCUUAUACUUCUGACUUUUUAAAACAUCUCAGAAGAUUAAAGUCAGAAUUCUGAAAUUCUGAGAAAAAAGUAAGAAUUUUCAGUUGAGAGUAAUCCUCUCCCAACCAAAGCAGAUGAACACAAGUACAGAAUUUAAAGGUCAUGGCUGAAAUCAAAGAAUCUUAAACAUUUUUUGGUGUUUAUUUUAAACUAACUCUUCACACAAGCAGCAGAAAUCAUAACUCUAAACUCAAAAAACAAUCAGUUUGUUGCCCUGUCACAUCAACAAAGACAAAUGUUUUUGGGCUCCCGAUGUUGACAGUAAUUCAGACGACGGUUUCAGUCAGUUUCGUUAUAAAAACGCCGCCAGCCUGCAGCUAAGUGCCUUUUGUCCACUUUUGUUUUUUUUUUAGCAAAAACGUGUAUUUUAUUUUGGAAUGUUGUUUUUCCUGUGGGGUGUUACUAUGGAAUAUGUGAAUACUUUUAUAUUCCAGUUAUUAUGAGUUGUACAGAAACAUCAACUUGAAAGUAGGUUUUCACUUGCAGCUAAUUUUAUCUUGAGCCAAAAGCUCAGGGCUGAUGUUUGUAUUUUUACAGAUUUAUUUUAAUCUUAAUUUCUAAUUAUAAAUAUGUAAAGCUGUUCAUCAAUUCUAUUUCUACUGGUAUUUUUGAAAUGCUGCUUAUAAUAAAGCUUUUUUAUAUAAA